GCGCUGCGUCUGGCCUUAUUUAUCUGUCAAACAUUAUACUACAAGUAUGUACGUAGGACACACACAUGACAUAAAUAUGUGUUAGAUGGUGUGUUGAAAACGUACACACAUUCGCGAGUAGCGUGACGAGAUUACGUACUUAUAUGUAUAUGUAUACAUACCAAUGCGAAUAUGUAUGUACUGUCAUUCGUGGAUCAUUAAGUGUGAGAACCAGACUACUCCACGAUUCUUCAACAAAUCAUAAUUUAGUUGAAUCACGAUUUAGCGAGAUUUCGUUCUGAAAUCGUUAACUUUAAUCGGCGUUUUCAAAUACUUUGCUAUUUCUUUGAUAUGGAAAUCGCGAAAUCACUUUUUAAUGUGCGCGAUCACGAAGGUUAUGUUGGCAAAGAAGAUUACAAUAAAAAAUUAGAAGCUGGAAUAUCCGAUGAUGAAUAUGAAUUGGAGAAUGGUGACUUUAAUGAGGCUGCGGCAUUGUCACCUGCACCGGGAGGUUCAUUUUCUGCCCUGACAACGUCCAUGUGGCCUCAGGACAUUCUGGCAAAAUUAAAUCAACCAGAAGAUCCCAAUUUGCAACCAGAAUAUAGAUUCGAUGAGUUUGGAUUUAGGGUUGAGGAAGAAGAUGGGCCAGAACAAAAUUCAAAAAAACUUUUGGGCGUGCCAUUUGUGGAGGACCCUCAGCAUCGAUUACAGUGGGUGGCACAUUUAGAAUUUACUCAUAACAAGGAAAUAUCUGAAGUAUCUUGGCAAGAUGUUGACCAACGAUUACCACGCACGGAUAAAUUGCGGGAAAUGGUAUGUCGUGGUAUUCCGCACUCACUGCGACCUCAAAUGUGGAUGCGUAUGUCCGGAGCACUUCAGAAGAAAACCGCAUCAGAAAUCAGUUAUCAAGAUAUAGUGAAAGCUUCGAGUAAUGACGCGUUGAUGACUAGCAAGCAAAUAGAAAAAGAUUUGCUGAGGACUAUGCCAGCAAAUGCUUGCUUCAGCCACCUCAACAGUACCGGCAUACCACGUUUACGGCGAGUAAUGCGUGGCCUGGCCUGGUUGUAUCCUGAUAUAGGGUAUUGUCAAGGUACAGGAAUGAUGGCUGCUUCUUUACUAUUGUUACUCGAAGAAGAGGAUGCUUUUUGGAUGAUGGCGACAAUAGUUGAAGAUCUGUUACCGUCUUCUUACUACUCUUCUACGCUAUUGGGAAUACAAGCCGAUCAACGAGUACUCAGGACAUUGAUAGCAAGUUUCCUACCUGAUUUGGAUGUUGUUCUUGCUCAACACGAUAUAGAACUGAGUCUGAUUUCCUUACAUUGGUUUUUAACUUUGUUUGCCUCUGUUGUGCAUAUGAAAAUCCUGCUACGUAUCUGGGACCUCUUCUUCUUCGAUGGAUCAAUAGUCUUAUUUCAAAUCACAUUGGGAAUGUUGAAAAUUAAAGAAACGGAUCUUAAGCAAUUAGAAAAUUCUGCACAGAUAUUCAACGCUUUAUCUGAUAUACCAGGGGAUAUUGAUGAUGUAGAUCAGUUGCUGGAGGUUUCCUUGGACGUCGGAGGUUCUUUAACAGAUGUUCUAGUCGAAACUCACAGACGUCGACAUUUAGCAUACUUAAUGGCUGAUCAAGGAGGUCUAGUUGGAAACCCUGAUGCUGCUCCAAAUCUCCCCAAACAACAUCUUAAUAGACGGCACAUGAAAAGAAACAAGGGUAUGCUGCACACGUUUUUAUUUGGCGACGAUAAUGGCGAAGAUGACUCUAAAUGUAAAAAUAUCCGUCAAACAGAGAUCCUAGUUGACCUACGAGAAGCUGUUCUACAAGUUGCUAGACACUUCAUCAACGUUGACCCUAAGCUAAGCAACAUCACGCUUGUCGCAGAUUACAACAUGGAAAGCCAUGCUGAGGAUCACGAUAAUUACGUCAAUGUAUCUCGUACGCGUAAAAGACGAGCCAAAGCAUUACUAGAUUUCGAAAGACAUGACGAUGAUGAAUUGGGCUUUCGAAAGAAUGAUAUUAUCACAAUUAUCAGUCAGAAGGAUGAGCACUGCUGGGUUGGAGAACUAAAUGGUUUACGAGGUUGGUUCCCAGCUAAAUUUGUUGAAUUGCUCGAUGAGAGAAGUAAACAAUACACUUGUGCUGGCGAUGACGCCGUUAGCGAAGCAGUAACCGAUUUAGUAAGAGGUAGUCUCUGCCCAGCAGUAAAAGCUGUACUGGAACAUGGGAUGCGAAGACCCUCUUUCUUAGGUGGGCCUUGUCACCCGUGGUUGUUCAUUGAGGAAGCAUCAAACCGAGAAGUAGAAAAAGAUUUCAAUUCCGUCUACAGUAGGUUGGUUCUUUGUAAGACUUACAGGCUGGAUGAGGAUGGGAAAGUUCUUACACCUGAAGAGUUACUUUAUCGAUGUGUACAGUCAGUUAACUUAACACACGACAAUGCCCAUGCUCAAAUGGAUGUCAAACUUCGUUCUUUAAUUUGUCUUGGACUGAAUGAACAAGUGUUACAUCUAUGGCUUGAAGUACUGUGCUCAUGCGUUGAAGUCGUCCAAAAAUGGUAUCAGCCAUGGAGCUUUAUUAAUAGCCCAGGAUGGGUGCAAAUAAAAUGCGAGUUAAGAAUACUAAGUCAAUUUGCAUUCAACUUGAACCCUGAUUGGGAACUUCCUCCAAAAAAAGAACAAUCUCAGCCUCUGAAGGAUGGCGUCAGAGACAUGCUCGUCAAACAUCACCUUUUCAGUUGGGACUUGUAGUUGUUAAGUGUGAAAAGUUUCUCUUGUAUGUACCUCGACUGAAUUAACGAUGAAACAGGCAGUCAUAGCACACAUUUUUCAUAAUAACUCGAUUUCACGAAUAGUCUUUUUUUCGUCAUGGUGAGAAGUAUAUUCAAUUCCACGAGAUACAGGCACAAAUUUGAACAGUGGUGGAAUUGUUCCAAUAAUUUCCUGGCUUGAUAUUCCUAAUUGAUUUUAUUGACCAUUUUUUCAUAGUUGAAAUUAAAUUAACCAACAUUAACUGCCCAGACUGUGCAUUGAAUGUCUUGGCUUAGUUUGAAGUCGAAUACAAUGUGGAAAAACUGAUCACCAAUGUGACUAGCAUACAAAAAUUGCAUAACAGAUCGAUUAGCAAAUUUAUAUUUAUACAUGUAGCACCAUGAGAAUAUUGCGCGUUCCUAGUAGAGUUCUAGAACCAUUUAUCAUGUGUCUGCAAAAGUGGCAUCAGAAUGUAACAUAUGUAAAUAAGUGAUUUUAAAAACUGCGCCACAUAUUUAGUUUUAUUAAUACCAAUCAUGUAUUUAUUAACUUUGAAACAGAACUUUAUUUACCCGUCCAUCGGUGCAAUUACUAUGCUUGAAAUAAAGUAAUUAAUUAUA